CGCAAGCGCUUGGCUGGACUGGUGAGGUGGGGUAGGGGUGCGUGGAGUGUUGUGGCCGUGCCCCGGCUGGUGAAGGGGGUCAUCCGGAAAAAGGCGGCGUGUGUGCAGGAAAGCUCAUCGACUGCAUCUGUAGGAAACGGGUCUGAGCAGGACAUGCGUGCUAGCCAUGGGGGACGAGGAAGAGGAAGAUUACAUGUCUGAUUUAUUUAUUAAGGAGGAUGUGAGGCCGGGGAUGCCCAUGGUGCGGCGCGUGAGAGAAGCUCUCCAGAAAGAGGAAAAGCAAAAAGAAGCCAACGAGAAGAACAGGCAGAAGAGUGUGAAGGAAGAAGAGAAAGAGCGACGCGACUUGGUGCUGAGCAGCGCCUUAGGCAACGAGAACAAAGGCUUCGCCUUGCUCCAGAAGAUGGGCUACAAGAGUGGCCAGGCCCUGGGCAAGAGCGGAGAAGGCAUUGUUGAACCUAUUGCUCUGAACAUAAAAACAGGCAGAAGUGGGCUUGGUCAUGACGAAUUCAAAAAGCGAAAAGCUGAAGAAAAACUAGAAAACUAUAGAAAAAAACUCCACAUGAAAAAACAAGCAAAUGAACAAGCUGCAGAUCAGUUCAGAAUAAGAUUCAAAACCAAACAAGAAGAACGUAAGAUGGAGGGAGACCUUCGAAAAAGUCAGAGGGCUUGCCAGCAAUUGGAUAUUCAGAAAGAUAUUGAAGCACCCAAAGAGAUUUGGUAUUGGCUACAACCUGAAGAGGAAGACCAAAAGGAUGAAGAAGACAAGGAUGAUGAGUGCACAGGCUCAGACUUAAGUGUAUCAGCAAAGCUACAAAUCCUGACUGCUUAUUUAAGAGAACAACACUUCUAUUGCAUUUGGUGUGGAACAACCUAUGAAGAUGCUGAGGAUUUGUCUUCAAACUGCCCUGGAGACAGUGCUGCAGAUCAUGACUAAAGCCUUUCUAAAGAAAGGAGUUCUAGAUAAGUAUGUAUAGUUGGUAUGCUCUGACAUAUGUAUAUUUUUUUAAUAAAAGUCAGUGCUGUGCCAGAAUUCAUAUAAAAGUGUGCAGUCGAGAAGUAAUUCUGACAGGUUGAACUUCACAUUUUGGAGCAUUUCUAUGUUGUUGUUUUUUUUUGUGUGUUUUGUUUUUAUUUUAUUUCUGGGUGAUGCAAAAUUCAUUAGAAAUUAAAAUUUUACAUUUGUUGUUGAGUUACUGUAAAUUCAAGGCACGUAAGACUUCCACAGUCUUUGUUAAUGCUGUCCCCAAUUGAGCAAGAUCAACUGAUAAUAAAACUGAAGGUUUGACAAAGAA